AUGGAAGGAUCAGCAAAAGUUAUUUUUGUGCUUGGUGGGCCUGGGGUUGGCAAAGGUACCCAAUGUCAAAAACUAGUCCAAGAGCACUCAAACUUUGUCCAUCUUUCUGCUGGUGAAUUAUUAAGAGGAGCACGAGCAGGCAAUCAUAGGUUUAAAGAAGUUAUAGAAAGUAAUAUAAAUGCUGGUAGAAUCGUUCCAUCAGAAAUCACAGUCGAACUCUUAAGAGAAGCUAUGAUAAACCAAGGAUGGGCAGCCAAGAGAUUUCUCAUUGAUGGAUUCCCAAGAAACGAAGAAAAUUAUGUUCAUUUAUGCUGAAUGAAAAAUUAAUGGAUCACAAAACAAUUAGCAUACCAAUUAAGACAAUCUUAUAUAUGAAACAUGGAACAGGAUUCUCCCUGAGGUAGAGGUUGAAUGCUGCCUAUUUUUAGACUGCAAUCAUGAUUUGAUGGUUGAGCGCAUCAGAAGUAGAGGAGGAGGCAGAUCUGAUGAUGAUCCAGAAAUUGUGAAGAAAAGACUUGUAACUUAUGAAGAACAAACCAGGCCAAUUAUUAAUAGAUAUCAAAGUCUUGGAAAAUUAAGGACUGUUAGUUCUGAGGGAACUCUUGAAGAAGUCUAUCAAAAUGUUCUAACUAUCCUAAAAAUUAUACAAAAUUAUUUUUAUUAGUUGCAGCUUAAAAAAUGAUUAUAUAGAAUUAUCUUUUUCAAUUAAAAGAGGUUUUGUAGAUAAAUUAUAUCCAUCUAAAAAUAUAUUUAAUGAUUUCUUAUAAUUUCUUUUUUAUAAUAAUUUUCUUUAAUAAAUUUGAUAAAUAUUUUCAUAUAUAAAUGAUCAAAAGUCAAUAAAAUCCAUUUCAUUGUUAGUAAAUUAUAGAGAGUAAGUGCUCUAGAAAUAUCUUAA